GAAAAAACGGAAGUUUGGGAAGUGUGGCUUUAUGGGAAAUUUUAGAAAACUAAACACACGUGGGUAGCAUUUUUCGAAAACAUGGGAAGACCAGAUUUCACACCGCGAGGCAGAGGAGGUGGUCGUGGUAGAGGAGGAGACAGAGGGGGGAGGGGAGGAAGAGGAGGCUUUGGGGGUCGAGGUGGUGGUGGCGGUAGAGGAGGCUUCGGAGGUCGAGGGGGUGGGGGCAGAGGCGGGAGAGGAGGAGGAAGGGGAGGCAGAGGAGGGGGUAGAGGAGGAUUUAGGGGAGGGAAGAGUGUAGUGGUGGAGCCUCACAGACAUGAAGGUGUAUUCAUUGCUCGAGGUAAAGAAGAUGCCUUGGUUACAUUAAAUAUGGUCCCUGGUGAAACAGUUUAUGGAGAGAAAAAGAUUGUCGUAGAGGAAGGAGAGAAGAAGACAGAAUACAGAGCCUGGAAUCCCUUUAGAUCAAAGUUAGCAGCGGCCAUUUUAGGAGGUGUAGACAAAAUAUACAUGAAACCAGGAGCCAAGGUCCUAUACCUUGGGGCAGCUUCAGGGACCACUGUCAGUCAUGUCUCAGAUAUUGUUGGACCAGAAGGUUUGGUGUAUGCUGUAGAGUUUUCACACAGAAGUGGCAGAGAUCUGAUAAAUGUGGCAAAGAAAAGGACAAAUAUCAUCCCCAUCAUUGAAGAUGCGCGACACCCUCACAAAUACAGAAUGCUUGUUGGUAUGGUGGACACAAUAUUUGCUGAUGUUGCACAACCUGAUCAAGCCAGAAUUGUAGCCAUUAAUGCACAUCACUUCCUCAAAAACAAUGGUCAUAUUGUAAUCUCCAUAAAGGCUAACUGUGUUGAUUCCACUGCUGAACCUGAGGCUGUCUUUGCUGGAGAAAUCAACAAACUAAAGGGGGAGAAAAUCAAGCCCCAGGAACAGUUGACCCUGGAACCGUACGAGAGAGACCAUGCCGUAGUGGUGGGCGUGUACAGACCACCUCCAAAGAAAUGAUCCAUGAAUGUGUUUGGACUACAUUCUGUUAAAAUUUACUCCUCAUGUGUUCAUAGGAUGAUGAACUGGUUUUCGAAGUCCAGGAAUGGAACUUUAGCAGUGAUUAGUAUCAAUAAGGAUACCAAUGACAUUUAUUAAAAAUGUACUCGCAUGUGAAUGUGAAGGUUUUAUUAUAAAAGCUUAUUUGUGUAUCAUGUUCAUGAUUUUAUAUGAUGAAAAUGUUUUGCAAAUGGUGUACAUAAACUCAUGUAUGAUA